AUGUCGUCGAUUCUUCCGAUAAUUACCUUCAAGGCUGGUAUCUGUGAUGCAGACACCUCCAGCAAGCCUUACAAGAUCAAGCCACAGGCGACACCUGGCUACAUCUACCUCUACUCUGAAGAUGACUUGAUCCACUUCUGCUGGCGAGAGCGCACCGCCACCAUGGAGAAUCCCGAUCUCGACCUCGUUAUGGUGCCCAUGGACGGCGAAUUCGUCGCUCACGCUGCCGCUGAUCAACCAUCAGCAAAGACCAACGGCCGCAUUUUCGUCCUCAAGUUCGGCUCUUCGUCCCAGAGGCACUUUUUCUGGCUCCAGUCCAAACCCCAGUCGCGCAACGGAGACCCCAGCUGGUUCAGCCCUCGCGACAAGAAGAUUGGUGAAAUUGUCAAUGCGCUUCUCCAGGGCGAAGAGGUCAAUAUUAGCCGCGAACUGGCACAAGUCCGCAACUCCGACGACAGGCGAGACGACGACGACGACGAGACGAUGGAAGAUGCUGAGGGCCAGGGAGACCGACACGACCAGUCUCAGGGAGGCAGCGGUGGUGCUGGCCCUGGUGCCACAGGAGGCGAUAUCAGAGAAGAAGGCGAGAAUGCCAGAGAGGGUGGAGGCGACGGAGCACGAGCUGCCGCCGGUGGUUCCAAUACAGAUGCGGAUGCUGCCGUUCGAAACUUUUUGGCAUCAUUGCAAGGCAACGCCAACUUGGGUGGCUCACAGCAAAGCGGGCAGCAGCAACACGCAGACAAGCCUUUCCCAUACCUCAGUCACCUACUCCCGAACGAGAUUACUAUUCCGAUGCUUCGAUCGGCGUCAGAGGAGUUCAUUGACAGCCUCUUGAGCUUUCUGCCUCCCGCAAUUAUCGUGCUUGCCACGGAAGCAGAUGACCUGGGCGACUCUGAACCCACGGCGGACGCUGCUACUGCUGCCAAAGCCACUUUGAGUCUUGCAGAGAAGAAGAGUCUGCUGGAGAGAGUCCUCAGAAGCCCCCAGUUCCACCAGGCACUUGGAAGCCUGACAAUGGCACUUCGCGAUGGCGGUCUUCCUACAAUUGCGGAAGCGCUUAGCGUGAAGGUGCCCAAUGGCGGCUAUAUGAGGGGCGGUGCUAUGCCCUUGGGCGGCGGCGAAGCGGUUGAGGCCUUUGUCGAGGGCGUCAAAUCAACUGUCAAGGAGAAGAAGCAGGGUUAG